AUGAGCUUCUUCAAGUCAUUCAGAAACAAGUACUCCAGCCUUCCUCAGGAUGACGGGGCUCCGCUUCCCCCUCCUGCCACAGAACCCAACCAAAGCGGCUUCAAAACAAGACUCCAAAAACUCAAUCCAUUUAGGUCCCUGAAUGUGUACCUAGAGGACGACGAGAACUACGUGACCUCCGAACCGGGCUACUUCGAAUUGCUGAGAUGGGACAGAAUGCUCUUGUUUGCAUUGACCUUCGCCGGCUCCAUGGCCUGCUGGCUUAUUUGCAUAUUCUUGUUCCCUGUGCUUUCGCUCAAACCCAGAAAGUUCGCUGUGCUUUGGUCUCUAGGCUCCAUAUUCUUCUUGGUCAGUUUCGGUGUUCUCCAAGGCUUCAAGGAGUACAUUAUCCACUUGUGCUCGUCUACGCGUAUUCUUUUCAGCAUUACCUUCAUCACAUCCAUUGUGUUGACGUUGGUGUCCAGUUUGUCGUUGAAGUCGACUCUACUUUCUAUAAUCUUUGCAGUGAUUCAGUUGAUUGCGGCUCUCUGGUACACUGUCAGCUAUUUCCCCAUGGGCCGCCAAACACUUAAUUUGGCGUCCACGGUGGCCAGAGGCCAGGUCGACUCCUGGGUCAACUCUUAA